AUGGAAACGUCAACUUAUUUGCUCAUCUUGUUCGUUCUCUUCAUAGUCGGCCGAGCCGUGUUCGCCGACCGCUCACCCAUCCCCGAGACCUCGGGCAAGGUGUUCAAGAUCACCACUGCCGCCGAGUUCGACGCCGUCGUGGCCUCCAACACGCACGUCGUCGUCGACUUCUACGCCGACUGGUGUCCGCCCUGCCGCGCCAUCGCGCCCGUGUUCUCGGAACUGGCCGACAGCCACGCCCAGGCGGGCCGUCUUGCGUUCGCCAAGGUCAAUGUCGACCACGUCAACAACGUGGCGGGGCGCUACGGCGUCUCUGCGAUGCCGACGUUCCUGUUCUUCGAGAAGGGCUCACCCACGGGAGUCGCUGUGCAGGGCAUCCGGCCCCGCCAGUCGGUUAGCUUGACGGGCGAUGGGCGCGUUGAUAGGAUUCGCGGUGCAGAUAAGGCGGCACUGCAGGCUGUGGUCGAGGCUUUGCUUUGA